AUGGCAGCUGUCGAUAUCUUUAAUAGUAUUCCAAAUAAUAGGGACACUGAAGACUUGACAGUAUCAAGAGUAACACCAGCUGUCGAACAAAAUAUCAAUGAACUGAAUCAUUUGGUUCAGAUUAUGUUUAAUAACGCAUCUUCAUCACCUGAUGUAACCUGUAAAUCAAAACUAUCAAAAUCACAGAAUAACAAAUUAAUUGUUUAUAUAAAGAAAUUAGAAAAAUUAAGAGCAAGAAUUGUAAUUUUAAUUGGUAAUUAUUUGGGACACGAGUCUAGAUUAAAUGGAUUGUUGGGUUUACUCGAUCGUAUCGAUGAUGUAUUGAUCACUGUAAAGAUUGUUUCUGGUCAAGAUGAGCAACUAGAUUUUACUGUGCCUGCAGAGGGCGGUGCUGGAGCAACCAACCACCCAAACACACUCGCCCUUCAUGCCCUCCCUCCCCCACCUCCACUCACUCCACGUUCAGCUGCACGUGCUCUCGAUUCCGACAGUGACAGUGAUGGCGGCAGUGGUUUCGUCCCACUUCCACCAUCACAACAAUAUGCAAACGGAAAGAAACCAAUUAAAUUUCAUUUCUUUAAAGGUGACAGAAGAAGAUCAAUUUUUGGAGUUAAUCCAAUGAGUACAGUCACUGCAAGUACUUCUCCUCAUACUACUACUACUACUUCUACAACAACCACAACCUCGAAUACUUCGAGACGUCCUCGUUAUAUUAAAAGAUCACAAAUCGAAAGAUCAGAUAGUGAAGAGGAAGAAUCGGAGGAAUCGGAAGAAGAAUCAGAUGGAGAAUCUGAAGAAGAGUCUGGAUCAGAUCAAGAAUAUAUUCAUGAACAAAGACGUCCACAACACUAUGCUUCAGACGAUGAUGAAGAGAUCCAUCCAAUGUCACUCGAAGAAUCUUUUGAAUUGAGAGGAUUGAAAAAAUUGGUCUUUUCUACACCCGAAACAUCGACCACCUCUACAACUAGUACAACAACAACAACAACAAAUAAUAAUUAUAAUAAUAAUAUUAGAAAUUCAUUGGAACUUUCAAGACCAUCACUCAAAGAGGAAUUGGCGAGAAGAGUACAAGAAAGAAAUAAGCGAUCAUCACAACUUUCUCGUAGUCACGAUGGCAUUGGAACUAGAAAAUGGAUUGUUGGCAAGACUGUCAGAACACAAAACAAAAGUUAUGAUGAUUCUUCCUACUCUGAAGAAGACGAGGAAUCCGAGGAAGAAGAGGAUGAAGAUUCUGACGAGUCUGAUUCAGACGACGAGCCAGCCACAAAGACUGUAGAGAUAUCUAUACCAGUGCCAUUGGACGAGCCUGUUGAAUGCAAGAUUUGCUACUGCGAGUAUGAAAUGUCAAAUGAAGUGUAUGGAUUUGGUUGUGGACAUCAAUAUUGCUGCGAAUGUAUCCGUCAAUACUUGUCGAGCCACAUUAUCGAAGCUCGUGUCCUCGAUCUCAUCUGUCCAUUCCCAGGCUGCAAGACUGAUAUUACCGAAGAAGAGAUUAAGCGUUUUACCGAUGAAAAGACAUUUACCAAGUUUAGAAAGUUCUCAAUGGUUGCUUCGCUCAAGGCUGAGCCAAUCAAAUGGUGUCCAACUCCCGACUGCGACACUUCUGUGCGUGGUGGAUCGGCUUCAAACCCCUGGUUAUCAUGUCCCAAGUGUAAUUCUGAGUUUUGUUUCAACUGUGGCGAGGAAGCACAUCAAGGUUACAAGUGUGGUGACGAAGCCAUGAAGUUUAAGAAUCGUAAACAAGAGUCUGAAGACAACUCAAAGGAGCUCUUUAAGACUUGGGUUGACGGCGGUGGUUUCCUCGUGCAAACCUGCCCCAAGUGCAACUGCUAUAUUGAAAAGAACGACGGUUGUAACCAUCUCACCUGCAUACACUGCCAACACCAAUUCUGCUGGUUGUGCCGAUCCGACUAUCAGCCCGGCCAUUUCCUCGAUCCCAACUUCCCCGAAUGUUACGACAAGCAAUACUACACACCGCUGGUCACCACCACGGCCUCUACCAACAACGACCGUCACCGUCGUCGCCACCGUAGAAGAGCCAAAAAUGUUGCCAUUGGCGUGGCAUGCACUGUUGGUUUACCAGUCAUCUUGGUUGGUGGAGCGGUCUAUGAACCACACAAGAACCAACCACAGGUUCCUUUCAAAGAGGAUACUAAAAUCCCAAAGAAAAGAGAUUGGCUUGACUGUGUAGAAUACUAUUACAAUCGAACUGAAAGACAAUGGUACUAUACAACAUGUCCCUAUCUUCUAAGCAAUGACCUAAUUCUCAGUCCAUGUAGAGUCAUCUUGGGUGACAAAUUUCAAUUAUACCCAAGAUGUUGUGAUGCUAUUAGAUGUUAA